CCGCCAUUUUGACUGGAGCAACCAUAGUGACAGGAGGCGAAGCAGCAGCUCAGGUUGUUACCCCCGUUUCCCCUCCCCCUUCCCUUCUCCGGUUGACUUCCCGGGUCCCCUAGAAAGACUCCACUGUCCCGGUCCUACCAUGUCCCAGAAACAAGAAGAGGAAAACCCUGCGGAGGAGACGGGCGAGGAGAAACAGGACACGCAGGAGAAAGAAGGCAUUCUCCCUGAGAGAGCUGAGGAGGCAAAGCUAAAGGCCAAAUAUCCAAGCCUAGGACAAAAGCCCGGAGGCUCCGACUUCCUAAUGAAGAGGCUCCAGAAAGGGCAAAAGUACUUUGACUCAGGAGACUACAACAUGGCCAAAGCCAAGAUGAAGAACAAGCAGCUGCCCAGUGCAGGAGCAGACAGGAGCCUGGUGACUGGUGACCACAUCCCCACCCCUCAGGACCUCCCCCAGAGAAAGUCCUCGCUCGUCACCAGCAAGCUGGCGGGUGGCCAAGUUGAAUGACGCUGCCUGGGGCUCCUCCAGAUCCUCGACGCUGCCCUCCUGGGUCCCGUGCUGGCUCCUGGCCUCCCUGCGUUGCAGUCAGGGUCAGGCGGUAGCUCGGGUGCAGGCUAAAGGGGCAGAAACCCCUGCCCAUUGGUGACCCAGCACAUGGAGCCCCUUGGGCUGAGCACCAAGACCUUGAACUUUUGUUUUGUUUUGUUUUGUUUUGUUUCAUCUUUUCCAAAUAACUGUUGGGAGAAAUCUCAGUGAAAUCCCAUGGGUGGGGUUGAGAGGGUGGGAUGAAAGGCUUGGGGGUGAAAUCAACUAGGGUUUAAAAUUUAUAUAUAUAUACAUAUGUAUCCUGACUGUCUACCUCCUUAACUUGGUUGAUGUGGAUGGGUGUCAGGGGGAGGAAUUGGGAACUGAUAAGAAGUUCUAGUUCUUCUGAAGAGGAAUGCAUUGUUUGGGUGCAACAGCUAGAGAGACCUGGCGUCAGAAAGAGGUGCUGCUGGUUCACAGACAGCAGAUGAAUAGCUCCUCUGGUUCUGCAGGGCGAGCAGAGAAGUCAGUGCUAAUUGUUUAUUUUUAGAAAGUGUUGCUAUUGAAACAGAUUUGCUAAGGCGACUUGAAGGGCAGUGAGGGGAGGGGAGUAUGGGGAACCCCACAGAGCCCAGGGGAUAUUUUUCAUUAUUUGAAAUAAAAAAAAUGCCCAUAAAAAAACGGAACCUAGAAAUA